UUGUUCUUUUUUUAUAGCCUUAAUAGACAAGUGUACAGUACCGUACUGCGACUUCAGUGUGGGUGUAGUCCGCGUUUGAUCAAUCAUGCAAUUAUCAUAGGGUGUGUGAGGACUUUUAUCUCUUAUACCAUAGACUAUACCCUAUACUAGACCAUGACUAAGCUCGAAAAUUGACAGAUUUACGUACACUAUCUGUAGCAUUAACAAAUUAAGUUUCUGCGAGGGUCUUUUGUAUCGAUCCAUCAUCUUUUAUAGCAUUGGAGAAGGAACAGGGGAACGGGUUCUCAGCUCAUUAAAUUACAAUCGAACAAGAAAAAAUGGCAUCCGAGAAUCUGAUUCCGCUGGAAUCUAACCCGGAGGUUAUGAACAAAUUCCUUCAGAAGCUGGGUGUACCAAGCAACUGGUCGAUUGUUGAUGUAAUGGGACUGGACUCCGAAAUGCUCUCCUGGGUGCCUCGCCCUGUGUUAGCCGUGAUGCUGCUUUUCCCGAUAUCCGAGAAAUACGAGCAACACAAACAGCAAGAGGAAAGUGAUAUUUUGUCUAAAGGGCAAGAAGUUUCUAGUAAUAUCUUUUAUAUGAAACAAAAUCUAAGCAAUGCUUGUGGAACCAUUGCCUUGGUACAUAGCGUUGCUAACAAUACUGAUAAGAUCCAUCUGAAUGAUGGUGUAAUGAAAAAGUUUCUAGAUGAAGCUAAGGGGCUGGAUGCAGCGGCUCGUGGUGCUCUGUUGGAGAAGACUGAGGGUAUUAUCAAUGCUCAUAAGGAAUUGGCACAGGAGGGCCAAACAAACACUCCUAGCGCUGAAGAUCCUGUUAAUCAUCAUUUCAUUACAUUUGUUCACAAAGAUGGUGCAUUAUAUGAACUGGAUGGGCGCAAGGCUUUUCCGGUUAACCAUGGACCAACAACUGCUGACACUCUAUUAGAUGAUGCAGCCAAAGUUUGCAAUGAGUUCAUUGCCAGAGACCCAGAAGAGGUCCGCUUCACCGUAGUUGCUUUAACUGCUACUGACUGAGCAUUUUAAACUUUUACCAAUUUUUAAACCUACCAUAAUUCAAAAGACUGUAGGUCAUUUUCAAGCAAUGUGCUUCAAAUGUUAAGCUAUAAAGUAUUCUUGUAAUAAAUUUAAUAAAAAAAACUGCAAUGCUAGGCAAGGCAAGCUUUUGUGAUACCAAUUAAAUAUUUAUUUAUA